GUCAAGAUGCCGAGCGCGUCAUUCACAUCAUCACGUAGCUACGUACGCAGAUCCCGGAGGAAAGGCGCCAACAGAAUCCCAUUACCCUCUAGAACAACAUCGGGGACAGGAUUAACUUCAAAUCUGUAUAUCGAAAAAUUCUAUCGCCGUGGAUACAUGUUCCACAAUCGCCAGAGACGCCUUCAAUAUUCAAGAAGCCUGAUCGCCGAGCCAUGCGAGUUACCGUGUCCAGCUUCAAAUCCAAUUCCUCCAGGAGGCGGGGGUGUAGGAGGAGGUCGAGGCUCUUCGCCAAGUGUUUCGGGGAUCGCCGCCCCUUCUCCGUCUCAUUCGCACUCGUCGCCCUAUGAUCUUCGACGUAAAAGUCCCCCGCAUCCCGAUCCUGCACCUGGCACAAGUUCAGCACUACCACCGCCUGGAGGAAGCAGCAUCGCCGCUGCUCUUGGAACCUCAUCUUUACCAGCCAGAAAACGACCUAGGAGAACAUGCUCACUUUCAACCGAUGGCACAAACACAAACACAGCUGCGCAAUACCUUCAGUAUGAGUUGCCGGACGAGGUGGUGCUGACGAUAUUCACCUACCUAAUGGAACAAGAUUUGUGCCGUAUUUCGCAAGUGUGUAAACGUUUCCAAGCGAUUGCGAAUGACACGGAAUUGUGGAAGUCUUUGUAUCAGCAAGUUUACGAGUAUGAUUUGCCCCUGUUCAAUCCGGGUCUUUGUAAAUUUGAAUUUGUCUCGCCGGACGAAUCGGAUUAUUCAAACCCCUGGAAAGAAAGUUUUCGACAAUUGUACAGAGGAGUACACGUCAGGCCUGGUUUUCAGGAUCUUAAAUAUAAGGGUAGAAAUCUCCAGUAUUUCAACACUGUGCAAAAGGCUUUAGACUUUGUUGAGGAAUAUAGGAGUAGCAAUAGAUCGACGCCAAAUGCGAACUCAACUACCAAAGUUCAAGGUAACUGUUGCAUCAAUAACUCGCAAGACACCGAGGAAACGUCCCCGCACCUAGUAUUUUUACAUGCCGGCACGUACCGUAGUGAAUUUCUCAUCAUAGACUGCGACGUAGCUUUGAUAGGAGCUGCCGCAGGCAACGUCGCCGAGUCUGUUAUUUUAGAGAGAGACACGGAGUCGACAGUUACGUUCGUUGAAGGUGCUAAACGUGCGUAUGCGGGCCACCUCACCAUCAAAUUCACACCUGAUGCAACCAGCACUGCACAACAUCAUAAACAUUACUGUCUGGAAGUAGGCGAAAAUUGUAGUCCAACGGUUGAUCACUGCAUUAUUCGUAGUUCGAGCGUCGUUGGAGCAGCAGUCUGCGUGUCGGGUGUUGGAGCAAAUCCUGUGGUGAAAAAUUGCGAUAUAUCUGACUGCGAAAAUGUUGGCCUGUACGUAACCGACUAUGCCCAAGGCACUUAUGAGGAUAACGAAAUAUCCCGAAAUGCACUAGCGGGGAUUUGGGUAAAAAACUACGCAAACCCGAUUAUGAGACGAAAUCACAUCCACCAUGGCAGAGAUGUUGGGAUAUUCACGUUUGAUAACGGCCUAGGAUACUUUGAGACGAAUGAUAUUCACAAUAAUCGAAUCGCUGGUUUUGAAGUUAAGGCGGGUGCUAAUCCAACCGUUGUUCACUGCGAAAUACAUCAUGGUCAAACAGGCGGUAUAUACGUUCAUGAGAAUGGUCUGGGACAAUUCAUCGACAACAAAAUUCACUCAAAUAAUUUUGCUGGCGUUUGGAUAACAUCAAAUUCUAAUCCAACGAUUCGCAGAAAUGAAAUAUACAAUGGUCAUCAAGGUGGGGUUUACAUAUUUGGCGAAGGCCGCGGUCUCAUAGAACAUAAUAAUAUUUACGGCAAUGCUCUCGCCGGGAUACAAAUCCGGACGAACUCAGAUCCGAUUGUCAGACACAACAAAAUUCACCAUGGACAACAUGGUGGUAUAUAUGUUCAUGAAAAAGGUCAAGGUUUGAUCGAGGAAAACGAAGUUUACGCCAAUACGUUGGCCGGGGUUUGGAUAACGACGGGAUCAACUCCCGUACUAAGAAGAAAUCGAAUCCACAGCGGCAAACAGGUCGGGGUUUACUUCUAUGACAAUGGUCAUGGGAAAUUGGAAGACAAUGAUAUAUUCAAUCAUCUGUAUUCUGGAGUGCAGAUUAGGACUGGGAGCAACCCUGUUAUUAGAGGGAACAAAAUAUGGGGUGGGCAAAACGGUGGAGUCCUCGUCUACAAUAGUGGUCUAGGCCUUUUAGAACAGAAUGAAAUUUUCGACAAUGCCAUGGCAGGUGUUUGGAUUAAAACUGACAGUAAUCCAACGUUAAAAAGGAAUAAAAUAUUCGAUGGAAGAGAUGGCGGAAUUUGUAUAUUCAAUGGGGGAAAAGGUAUACUCGAGGAGAACGAUAUAUUCCGAAACGCGCAAGCUGGAGUCCUAAUUUCAACCCAAUCGCAUCCAGUCCUUAGGAGAAAUCGUAUUUUCGAUGGACUAGCUGCAGGCAUUGAGAUAACGAACAAUGCAACCGCCACAUUGGAGUUCAAUCAGAUCUUCAAUAACCGAUUUGGAGGUCUUUGUCUGGCUAGCGGAGUUCAGCCAACAGCAAGAGGUAAUAAGAUAUUCAACAAUCAAGAUGCAGUGGAAAAAGCUGUCGGUAAUGGCCAAUGUCUUUACAAAAUUUCUUCUUACACGUCGUUCCCGAUGCAUGACUUUUACCGUUGUCAAACGUGCAAUACGACAGAUCGUAAUGCUAUCUGUGUGAACUGUAUAAAAACCUGUCAUGCUGGCCACGAUGUAGAAUUCAUCCGGCACGAUAGAUUUUUUUGCGACUGCGGAGCCGGAACCUUAACUAACCAGUGUCAGCUGCAGGGUGAGCCUACGCAAGACACCGACACUUUAUACGAUAGUGCUGCACCCAUGGAGUCACACACGCUCAUGGUCAACUAGAUGUAGCAAAACUUAACCAACUGGUCCCAAAUGCGUAAGUUAGAUGGAUCCGUUGAGGUAAACGUGCAGUAAUAACAAUAGCAAUCUGUUGUCGAGUUCUUUGAUAUCAUUAUUAUUAUUAAAUCUCAUGAAAUUCACAAUAUUUACAAAGUUAUUGGCAAAUUAAAUAAUUAAUGCAUUACAGAAUUCCAAAUAACAUGCCCAAUUAUUGGAAAGACUGUGCGACUCCUAAUAUUUUACUAAUUACCUAUUUCUUGUUACAUUACACCGAACGAUUUUUUUCAUCAUCACAUGAAUUUUACCAUUUUUAAUAUUUUUACUUAUUUACAACAGAUUAUACACGUGUUCAUAUAUUCAAUUCCAAUAACUUCGUUAUAUCGUAUGUCUAAACGCAGCAUCGUAUUCUUUCCACCGCAAGUUGUGCAUUAUGAAUGGUACUGAGACACUAAGAGAAGAAGAACAACUACCUAAACCAAGAGCUCCUCUUACUUGUUGAUGCUUUUUAUAAUCGUAUUAAAUAUUUGUAUAUAAGCAUAAUUUGAACACAGGUAGAGAUUUAUUAGUAUAUAAAAGUUUAUUCACCAGUGUUGAGUGAUUCAGGACAAUGAAAUUUACAUUGAAAGGAACACUGAAUGAAUAGCUGUUGGCUAUACGAUGCUACGAUUUUCCAAAUUUUACAUAAACGUUUAAAAAUAUAAUAACAAUGAUGAAGAACUCUGUCGCAGUCAGUUUUUUACCCAUAAAAAUAAAUUACCUAAUUGCACGAUAAGAAAAAUAUCGAGUUUGAAAACUGAAAACAGAACUGAAACACAUGAGGCAGCCCGAGGUAGCUAAAUUCCUUCUAAACAUAUAUAAUGAUAAAACGAAAAGAAUAGAGAAGAAAGGAAACUGAGACAAAAGAACAACAGUAAACAUAACUCAUCAAUAUUAAUUAAAAGUGUAUGUAUCAUACCUAUGCAAGCACGUUUCUUAAUGAAUGUGAUCUAUAUAUUAAUUUUUUUAAAGGUAAUGAGUGAGAUGUGAUGUCUGUAUACGAACAAGGUAUAUAGAUUCAACAGUAAAUACGAUUUGGUUUAUAACAGACAUUGCCAAACGGUCGUACGCUGUUGUUGUAUUUUUUGUAACUGUAGCUUCGAGUUUAUAAAUAAUCUGUUGACAGUGACCUAUUCGAAAGAAUGAGAUGGCAAAGGUGUGUGUAAAAACAAGAAAAGAAAAAAAACAAGAAGGAAAAACGAGUGAAUAAGAAAAAAAAAGCAAAAACUAGAAUUCCACAAGAUGCUUAACUGUGUAUAUAC